GUUUUGGCUUGAAGUGUAGUAGGUUGUAGAUCCUAAAUGGCGCCGCCUUAUACUGUCUUCAUUACGAUAUCGCUAACAUGUAUUAUCCUUACAAUCGCCGCUUAUCUUUAUGUUAAGAAGCUCCGAAAUACUCUCGGCAAGUGCCUUAUAAGCUGCCUUUCUAACAUCUUCGUGUGGCAAGUCUUAAUGUUAGUCCAAUUGUGGUCCUCAGCACCCGAGACCGCUAGAGUAGUUUCCUAUAUCUUCUUUUCUGCGCACAAUUUGUGGCUCUCAGUUAUAAGCUAUCAUUUAUGGAGGCCUUUCAAGUCGGUCAAUGGCGAAGAACCCAGUUUCCUGUUCCGGGCCUACAAUCUAUUCGUGUGGGUUCCUACUGCGGUCCUACUUGGAAGCCCUGCGUUGAUAUACAUUCUUUAUGGCGUAUCAAAUAUAGAAACAAUUUGUGAAGUUAAGGCAAGGCGAUGGGGAAACUACGACCUGCUUAAAUUUGGACAACAAAGUUAUCCGUACUGCCUUCGGAUUCUUUUUGUGGUUGUACUGCCUUGGUUUAAGUUGAUUGGUGAAAUUUGUGGAAUUAUGAAAUUAAGGCAUCCGGUACUGUAUGUAGUCGGCUUUAUAAAUGCGAGCUAUGGUAUUUGGUAUUUUAUACUGCUUAUCCUAAACCGCUCCACCCUAAGGCUAGUCAUGGACAGAUUUCGAAGUAGUCCAAAAAAGGAGUUUGUCCGCGCUCAAAGGGCCGCAAAUGAAGUCGGUCAGAACAUGACGCCGUCAUCCGUCAUCCGUCAUCGGGGUAUCUCCAUCUCGGUGACAGGCUAA